AUGGGAAACACCGUCGGUUCUGCGUCUUCUCCGGUCAAGCAGGAUGUGCCCGAGACGUGGUCGACGAGCCUUACGGAAGGUGAUACCGCGGCGCACAGUUUCGAGGUCACGGGCUUCUCGCUGCUCGACCGCAUUGGCGCCGGCAACUUCAUCUCGUCGAGCACGUUCUGCGUUGGCGGCUGCGAGUGGGACAUCACCUUCUACCCCGACGGUUUGAAGGAGGACGGAGGCGCCCACGCCUCCGCUUAUCUGCGUCUAUGCAAUGGAGAACUAGGGUUGCAGACCAACUACACUCUGAGUCUAUUGGGGAAGGAUGGCAAAGUGUUUGUGCAAGGGAGCAUAGAACAUACCUUCCAGUCCGCAGGUAUUUUUUGGGGCUUCGAGCACUUUGUCCAGAAGUCCAAGCUGCGACGGCUGCUAUCCGACAACGAGGACUGUGUAACGACAGGUGUGUUUUGA